AUGUCUUACGUCAUCCUCGGCCGCGCCAUCAAGUCGGAGUACCUUGCGCUUGGUACCAUCUUCUCCACCAUCGGCGUCGCGUCUCUCUUUACUGGUGGAAAGAAGGCCGAGCCUAUACCCGCCCCGGGCAAGUCAAUCAUUGAGACAGUAAAGGAAGCCGUGCCUAUAAAUGCUGGCUCGAGCGAGGAAGAGCAAUUGGUGGACAGCAUCAGGAAAUAUAUUGCGGAAGCAGAGAAGGAAGCAAAACACUAG